UACGUCACUCCUCCUCAGUCUGUGGUUAGUUCUCACAGCUGUUAAGCUAACAGGCACAGUGAACGUAGGUCGACAGGUAGCCCGUCCAAUCAUUACAUGCAGGCUGAAUUAAAUUACUGGACCUAUUGGCUUAUUACAGCCAUGUGACAACAACAGAUACCUGAAUCUUGUUUGUUGUCAGAGCAUUUGAUUUAUUGAUUGCUGUUGGGAUGUAAAGGGAAUUGCAACAAAAUAUUAUUGAAGAAGAUCACCAACCUUAGCUUAAGUCAGUUUUCCCAGAGUCCUCCUGGUUUGACUGCGAUCCUCACGGUGUGUUUUCUGCUCAGUGCUGCUGACCUGGGUGAACUGCUCCAGCGUUCGUAUGGCCACCAGGAUCCAGGACGUCUUCACGGUGGGGAAGCUGAUGGCUCUGGGCCUCAUCAUUGUGGUCGGCCUGGUCCAGAUCUGCAAGGGGAACUACGAGGCGCUGACUCCCCAGGUGGCCUUCGCCAUGGAAAGGACGCCAACGGUGGGUCAGAUCGCUCUGGCCUUCCUACAGGCGUCCUUCGCCUUCAGUGGCUGGAACUUCCUCAACUACGUCACAGAGGAAGUGGUUGAACCCAGACGGAAUCUACCUCGUGCCAUCUACAUCUCCAUACCAUUGGUGACCAUUGUGUACACGCUCACCAACAUCGCCUACUUCUCCUCCAUGUCGCCCGAGGAGCUGCUGUCAUCCAAUGCCGUGGCUGUAACGUUCGGAGAGAAGCUGCUGGGAAUGUUCUCCGUCAUCAUGCCGAUCUCCGUGGCUCUGUCCACCUUCGGAGGGAUCAACGGCUACCUGUUCACCUCCUCCAGGUUGUGUUUCUCUGGAGCCAGAGAGGGUCACCUGCCCAGCCUGCUGGCCAUGAUCCAUUAUAAGAACUGCACACCCAUCCCUGCCCUGCUGGUCUGCUGCGCUGCCACGAUUGUUAUACUCUGCAUCGGAGAGACACACAACCUGAUCAACUAUGUCUCCUUCAUCAACUACCUAUCGUACGGCGUCACCAUCGCAGGCCUGCUCUACUACCGCUGGAAGAAACCCAACCUGUUCCGACCCAUCAAGGUGAACCUGUUGGUUCCUGUGUGCUACCUGAUGUUCUGGGCGCUGCUGCUGGGUUUCAGUCUUUACUCAGAGCCGGUGGUUUGUGGCGUCGGUUUAGUCAUCAUGCUCACCGGCGUACCCGUCUACUUCCUGGGCGUCCAUUGGAAAGAAAAACCAAAGUGCAUCUACAGCUUCAUUGAGAGGGCGACGUACGUGGGCCAGAGGUUGUGUUUCGUGGUCUUUCCUCAGUUCGACCCCAUCGAGAUCGCCGAUCCUUCAGAAUGGACUGACCGGUCAUCAGGCAGGAGCAGUUUGUCUGCCAAUUCUUAAAAAGACUUUUCUCUGAAUAUAUGAAGAUCAUUUUUUGUUUUUGCCUCUUUUUGCCUGUUUUUAUUCCAUCACCGUGUAAGUCCAGACACUUCUUCCUGGUUUGGGAGCUUCCUGUCUGACCUUUGACCCUCUGAGACUCUGGUUUCCCCUGCGGUCGAGUGGAAACGCCUGUUCUUCUGAGCGGGCGGCUCGCACUUUUUAUGUUCUCCUCUUUUCUACUAAGCCGUGAAGUUACAUCAACCUAAUACCAACGGUUUCACACUGUUGAAAAUGACUUUUAUUGCCAUUCUGGAUCCCAUUUGUUGCUGUUUUUUCCUGUAGCGUGACAGAACUCUGACCGACUGGCGGCUCUUUCUUCUGAAUGUUGCUGCUGUUUUAUCGUGCCUUAAAGCCUUUUCACACCAAGUCCCAAACCAAUCUGUCGCCAGUGUUCUGAAAAGAAUUAAGAAAAUGUAUUAUUUCAGAACAGAUCUGCAGUUGAGUGAAACCCCAAAGUACAACUCCAACAGCCUUCAUGUAUUUUUGUUCUUCUUUCUUGCUGCAUGACUGCUUGAAUUGUCAUGUUGUUCCCAGUAAUGUACACAUUUUUGACAUUUUUACCAAUCUUGCAUCCUGUUCUAAUGGAAAAAGAGGCUGAGACAGCAGUUUAGGCACGCGUGUCAGGAGAGAUCGAUAAUGCACACGAUAGUACCGUCCAUAUGAAGAGCCAAAGUGAAAACCAGAACGUUGGGUUCUUUAACAGAAAUAAGGAAACUUGAUUUUAAUCACAUUGGCAGAAAUGCAAAAAAAUAAGCAUUCUGUGUACUUCAUUCUUUGUCUUGAUGAGGGCGGCCAUGAUUUCCAUGGAUUUAAGUACAGACAUUCAUGUUCCCCAGAUGAUGAACCCUAAUGACUUUGGUGAUCCUCUGAUUGUUAAUUGUUGAUGUGUCCAACACUUGGGUUCACGACCAAAUAGCUGCAGAACUACUGACCUUCACAUCAGCCUCAGAUGGACUUUGUGUUAGCUCAAAAUAGCUAAUGUUAGCAUGCUAACACGCUAAACUGAGAAGGUGAACUUGGUAAACCUUAUACCUGCACAGAGCUGCAUGGCUGUAGACUGGUUUCAAUUAGAUGUUAAUGUUUAUUUCAUUGUACUGUCGUAGCCCAACAGAGGAGCUAGCCAAUCCAAUAGUUACCUUUUUAUCAGGACUGGAGUUUUCUGUUUCAUGCUAACAAAUGAAUUGUUGCUAACUUUAGUGUUUGAAUUCUUACAUCCUCUGAUAGAAACUAAUUUAUCUCAGAAUAUGGAAACACAACGCGUUUCACUUUUUCAGAAACACCAGUAAAAGAUUCUCUCAAUGAGAGAUUGCAUUGAGUCUCAGAAGCUAGCAGAACAGUGAACAGGCCGGAUGUCACACGUUAAGACUUCAGCUUUCUAUUUCCACAUGUUGUUGGUAAUCUGCCACAGAUACUCCUCCAAAAGGCAGGUUCACUGAGUCAUCUGGAUAAAUCUAGAACAUGUGCUGAUGUCAAAUCUUGGAACUCAUCCCGUUCAUUAUACAACUGCUGGUGCAAGUAUCAGCUGUUCGGACGAUGUAUUUGUUAAUACUAUAAAUUGAAUAUCAAUUUAAACUUCAAACACAGCGUAGAAUAAAAAUGCACCAACAAAACACAGUGUGCAGACAGCAGUGGUGGAUAAACAUAGUCACAGCUUUUACUUUAGUCGUAGUAGUAGUUAAGUUAGUAUACUACUAUUUGUUUGUAAUAUAAGACCUGCCCACAGGUAAUGAGCUAACCAGCUAUAGAAAAACUGAAUGGAACAUCACAAAUACCCAAAAACGUUUUUACGGCUUGGUCCAGAGAUGUUCUGUAAAAAGUACAAAAAGGUAAAUUACUCAUUAUGCAGACGGGCCCAUUUCACAAUAAUAUAUAUCCUAUGAUUGGAUUAUAUUUCUUGAUGCAUUGUCCAUCAUUUUUGUUCAUUAUAUUUUGAUUAUUUGUUGAUUAUAUUUUGUCUUUUUAAUCUGAAUCUGUAA